CUUGCUUUAGCAAUAGUCGGUUGCCGUAAGCCAUUUCGAGAACAACACUCCUUGAAAAGAAUAUAAAACCUUUUAUCCUUGAAGUUCUAACAUUUAUAGUAUACUCGUUUAUAUAUAUAUAUUUUUUGCUUCCUUUUGAACCAAAUAAAAAAAAUAUUGUGUAACAGAAAAAGAAAGUGAUUUGUUAUUUUUUUUGUGUUUUCCUAAAAUAUUAGGAUUAAAAGGACAUAAAUUAGAAAGAAAAAAAAAUACCCACUCAACCAAAAAUGCAAUUUGUUAUGAGUUUUACGGUUGUUUUGCUUUUGCUGGCCAUGAUUGUUGCCGGGAUGUGUGUUCCGACAUCUGUUUUGGCCAAAAAUUCUGAACUUAACAACAAAGUAAAACGUUCAUCGUCGAACGAUAAUAAAACUCCAUCAUCCCAAGUAGUAGCUGGCAUCAAUCGAGAACACUUUGAUGGUUUUUCUACAAAUAAUAAAAAUUCAAAUAUUGAAACUCUAUCAGCGCCCACGUCAAACACUGCCACUUCACUAAACACCGCCCUAUCUAAUACUGAUAUUGAGGGCACACAACAGCAACAACAACAACAUCAUGCGUCAGCACCCAUCCUUCAAAAGCGUGGUGUUAACUCACAGUUAAUGUAUGGAGGAGCUGAUUUGUAUAAUAAUCCAAUUCCAUCGGCAGCCCUGACCAGUGGUGGCGGUGUUGGCGUUGGUGGGGUUUGGAGCGAUGAAAUUGACCCACCUCUAAUGUAUUCUGAUUUGCAGGAGCUGCAGGAUGAAUAUCCCCGAGGACAAUACCGCACCAACAACAAAGGAUACGAUAAUCUUCAGAAUAUUCUCAAUUCAGAGGCAUAUUUGGAACCUUUUGCAAUGCCACUUCAGUACUCGAGUCGUUAUUAUGGUGACCGGAAGAAGCGCUCCAACAACAAACUUAACAAUUUGAAACGUGAAUCGAAACUCACACCCGCUGAUAUGUUGGCCUUGGUUGCUCUUGUCGAAGCUGGUGAACGUUCACGCAAGGAAUCUGAGCCUGACACCUACAGCAUUCCCGAUACAUAUUUCCCAGUAGCAAAAUCCUAUUAUCCCAACAGCAAUACCAACAACAACAACAACUAUGAAUACCAAAAUAACGACGAUAACGACAUUAGCAGCUCGUGGGUUGAGCCAUCAAUUGUCGACUACUAUGGGGUACCAUAUAAUGUAGAUGCUAUGCCAAAGUAUGAAAUCGCUCGGGAACAUAAAUAUGGAAUUAAUCGGUAUCCAGCCAAGCGUUUUAUGGUUUCCAAAAAGAAAAGAUCUCUUGGUUCAGGAAGAUUUUUAGCUGAGCCAAUGUCUGCUGCUAGUAUUACACCAGAGCGCUUUGCAAAACUUACAAAAUCUCAAAAAUAUUUUUAAAUAAAAUAACAACAAAAAUUUCAAACUCUACAAAUAUUUUAAAAUUUAACAAAACACCUAAUUAUGAUAUAUGGAUUUUUUUCACACUUACUGUAUUGCACAUUGUUAAUAAAAUAUUUAUAAAACAAACAAAUCAAUUAUACAUUACAGUAAAAAACCUAUACAGGGUCUAAGUGCAUACCAUAAGCAUUUUCUAACAAUUAAUUUAGAAAUUUAAAAAAAAAUCACAACACACAAUCUUUAAAAAACGUAGUAGAUUAUUAAAAAUAAGUCAAUAAACCAUUUAGCUUGAGUUUUUAAAAUGUUUUUUUUUUAUAUAUAUUUUUAAAUAUAAAUGUAAAAAUAAACAUAAACUAAAUGCACCUAUUUCAUUAAAUAAACUAACUAUAUAUCUCUUCACAUAAACUCUUAGAAAUCAUAAUCGAUCUAUUUUAACAAUUUAUGAUCAGCAUACAGUAGAUACAAAAAAAAAAAACAUGAAUCCAGAUAUUAUUUAUACACAGCUAAAAGUUAAUUAAAACCUAAGAGGCUCAGAGGAAAUACAAAUGACUGUUUUUGAAACUUAAAUAAAAAAAAAAAUAUUUAGAAAUAUAUUAUAUAUUAUGGUAUAUCAUGAAGAUAUACAAAAUUAAUUAGUUAUAGAGAAAAUAUAAAUGUUACCCAAAAUAUACAUGUAUAUUGUGGCGUAUGAAGAUAUUAAACAGAAUAUUAAAAUACCUAUGUAAUUAAAUUACAAAAUAAAUAAAUUCAAAUUUGUGUAAUUUAAAACAAACAAAAAAAUUAAAAAUCAAAUGAUUUGUUAUUUUUAUGUUGCGUUAUUUAUAGAAAAAAAAAACCAUUUUUUCAUUUUGACUUUAUGUUGUUUUAAAGAAAAUAAUGUAUG